UGCUCAUGGCCUCUGAGCGGAACACAACAAAACAACCCGCCAAAACCCUUUUCGGGUCCUACGAUGAAUCCAAAUCCGAGCCCGCCAAACCCACCAAAACCACCAAGAAAUCCUCCACCAAAGCCUCCUCAAACACUAAAAAGCAACCGCAAAGAGGCCUUGGAGUGGCUCAGCUGGAGCGCCUGAGGCUUCAAGACUGGAAGAAAAUGACCGAAGUGCCCCAGCUCCAGCCCCAACCCCAAGUCCUCAAUCUUCCUCCUCUUCCUCAUCAUCAUCAUCAUCAGUACCAAAACCCCAUAACACUACCUGACCCGCUUAACAGCGUUCCGGUGCAGUACGGUGCAUCCAGGUUCAAUGGACCCUCGGUGAUGAACGGCUGUGGCGGUUCUGCUGCUACUACAACUUGUUUUUAUGGUUUGGUGGGUCAGAGGGUUGGGAAUGGUUCUGGGUUUGGUUAUGCUGGGAGGAAUAAUCUGGUGACGAACCUGGAUCCGCGUCCGUACGGAGUCUGGGCGCCGGAUCCGAGGGUUCAAAGUGGGGCUGUGUACGAGACCUCGAGAGAGCUCUCUUCAAUGCCAAAGAUACAAUCUUUGUCUUCUGAUUGCUGUGAUCACUGCUUCAAGGGGCUGCAGAAGAAGAGGUUCAAUAGUGGGGAUUACAUGGCUUUGAACGGCAGGAGUGACAUAUCUGCGACUGUUUCACCAAUCAACGGUUCUGUUUUUCUCGGAUUGAACCCUGAAACCGGCAGUUUUGGUGACCGAGUGGGGAGUCGAGCAGCCGGGUACCUGGGGCGCAGCAACCUUGUUGAUGAUCAGGGUGUAGGGGUUAGGGCAGUGCACAGAAAGGGAGGGUCAGCUGGUGGUGGGAUUUUCAUGGAAUAUGAGUUUUUUCCAGCUGCUGAUUAUCAGAAAAGUGAUGAAAUUAAAAGAGGAUGCACAUAUCCCAAGCUGCAAACAGUAGGAAGGGAAGAAGAAGAAGAAGAAGAAGAAGAAGAAGCUUCUGAUAUUACUGCUGCUGCAACUUUCAAUGGCUAUGGGAUUGGGGCAGCUGACAGUUACCAUGAUCAUCAACAUCAUCAUCAUCCUGUUGAUUUGUCACUCAAGCUUUCAUUUUAGAAGCGAAAAAAGAAAGAAAAGGUGUAUGUUUUGGUGGGUUUUGAUGCUACUAGUGAUCUGUCAGGCAUUUGGGAAAGAAACAAACCCAGCUGAUGCAGCUUUUUUGGUUUCCCUUUUGUUGUUAAUUAAACCGACAUAGAUAUUAUCAUCACUAAAUUAAUUUAUUUAGUUUCCAUGCAAUAGAAGCUGGAUUAAUGCAUGUUUAAAGCUAGAAUCUAAGUCUCUGUCUCGAAAGUUAUUUUACAAUGGUUGUUGUUUUAUAAUUCCAUAUCCAAGUUGCCAUU